GAUUAUUUCCUUAUUUAUGGAGUUAUCUCGCGGGCUUUUUCUUACAUUAUUUAACUUUUGGUAAUAAUUACAUUUAGAUAUUAGAGCGAUAGUUUAACAAGUUAAACUCUAUAAUAACGUCAAAUAUUGCUAACUUGUUACGUACUGUUAAAUUGUUUUUCAUUAUUAUUGAAAUUUCUUUUUUAAUUAUUUCCUGCAAUACUUCAAAAAAAUUAGUUAUGGCGACUUCUGUAGCUACGAAUCCUUCUACCUUACUUCCUCUAGAACUUGUAGAUAAAUGCAUUGGUUCUCGAAUACACAUUGUAAUGAAAAAUGACAAGGAAAUUGUAGGAACAUUAUUAGGAUUUGAUGAUUUUGUUAAUAUGCUUUUAGAAGAUGUAACCGAGUAUGAGUCAACACCAGAAGGCCGACGUGUUACAAAGUUGGAUCAAAUAUUAUUGAACGGAAAUAAUAUUACUAUGUUGGUUCCUGGAGGAGAAAUGCCUGGUGAAUAAUUCAAAUCAUUUAAAUGACACUUAUCAUUUUUUGUAUAAUAUAACUACUAUUACUUCAUUUAAACUUAAAUAUUUGGUAAAUAUAAGUUUCAAUUUAUUAGAAA